CAUUUUGUUUGGGGGAGAAAAGAAAAAGAGAGAAAGAACAGAAAAGAAAAGAAAUGGAAAAUCUGGCUAUUCUACUACUAGUGAUUUUCUUGGUAGCCAUGCCAAUGGCGUAUUGCGUCAAAGAAGGUGCCGAGGAAGUAGAUGAAUGGUUCGACAAGCUUCCAUACGCAAAACAAAAGGUUACCAAGCUCCAUUUCUUCUUCCACGACAGAUUUGCUGGAAAACACAACAGAACCGCCGUCCGGGUCGCCCACGGACCCGACACCGACAAAUCGCCAACCUCAUUUGGUCUCGUUUUCAUCAUGGAUGACCCAUUAACAGAAAGGAUGAAUCCGACAUCCAAAGAGUUGGGUCGAGCUCAAGGGCUGUACGCAUUUUCUGGGCAAGACGAACUGAGCCUGUUGAUGUCGUUUAACUUGGUGUUUACCACCGGCGAGUUCAACGGCAGCACUCUUACUGUACUUGGGAGGAAUCCGGCGGUUCCCCACCGUGAGAUGCCUAUUGUAGGUGGUUCAGGCGUUUUCCGAAUGGCUCGUGGGGUGGCGUCGGCUAAGUUACGGUCGUUUAAUAUGACUACCGUCUCCAUGGGAGAAGUGGAUCAAGCUUUCAUUCAAUCCAUCGAACACCGAGCCAACCUCGAUACCAUCGAAAUCGAAGGAAUCCCAUUAAUCGAUCUUUCACUAUCCCACACUACAGACAUCAACAUACUCGUUUCAGAGAUAGGAAACGCUUGCAAAAACUGGGGUUUUUUUCAAGUGAUCAACCAUGGGGUGCCUUUGGAAUUGCUCGAAAAGAUUAAGGUAGCAGCUAAAGCAUUCUUCGAUCAACCCGUAGAGGAAAAACGUAAGGUUAAACGAGAUGAAGUGAAUGCUAUGGGGUACCAUGAAAGCAAGCAUACUAAGAACGUUAGAGACUGGAAAGAGGUGUUUGAUUUCUUGAUAAAAGACCCUUCUUUUUUACCAGCUUCGCCUGAGACUGAGGAUGAUGAAAUAAGGGCGUUGAGUAAUCAGUGGCCUGAGACUCCUCCUCAGUUUAGGGAAGUAUGCCAGACGUAUGCAAGAGAGGUUGAAAAGCUAGGUUACAAGCUAUUGGAACUCAUCUCUUUGAGCUUAGGCUUGCCAUCUAAUAGGCUCAAUGGCUACUUUGAAGACCAUACAACCAUGAUGAGACUUAAUCACUAUCCUCCAUGCCCUUGCCCUGAGCUAGCACUCGGCGUAGGUCGACACAAGGAUGCCGGUGCUUUAACCAUUGUUGCUCAAGAUGAUGUCGGAGGAUUACAAGUGAGGAGAAAAUCGGACGAUGUAUGGGUUCCUGUUAAACCGACCCCAAAUGCUUUGGUCAUCAAUGUUGGUGAUACUAUUCAGGUUUGGAGCAACGAAGCUUACGAGAGCUUGGAGCAUAGGGUGGUGGUGAACUCGGAACGGGAAAGGUUUUCGAUUCCAGUCUUCUUUUUCCCUUCUCACUACGUGAUGGUGAAGCCAUUGGAGGAGCUUGUGAACGAGGGAAACCCACCCAAAUAUAAACCAUACAACUUUGGAAAGUUCUUUGUGGCUAGAAACCGCAGUGAUUAUAAGAAGCUUGAGGUCCAAAACAUCCAGAUAAGUGAUUUUAAGAUCAUCUAAUUUGUGCCGUUUUGGAAGUGUCGGCAAAGGUUGAGGCUUUCUGGAUAUAGCGUGCAUGUUCGAGUUCUAUCAUCCGCAGAUGCUAUUCGUGGGUUCUCUCCCAAAUUAUUUUGGGUUUAAGUCGCACCAUGUGCUACUUCAUUCUAGAUUCUAGUCUAAGUCUUAAUAUAUUCCGAUUUUCAGUUUGUUGUACUUUGUAUCCAAUAGAUUCUACUUUUAGUUAAUCAAACAUGUAGAUUUGUACUAUAAUUACAGUUGUAAAUUUCUUUAAAAAGAGUUAAUUGCAUGAGACAUCUCUAAA